AUGGAAACUAUUGAUUCGAAGCAAAAUAUUAAUAGGGAGUCUUUAUUGGAGGAAAGGAGGAAAAAACUAGCAAAAUGGAAACAAAAAAAAGCACAAUUUGAUGCUCAGAAAGAGCAUCAAACUUCACGCAAUGACAUUGUUACUAACAGUUUAGAAGGUAAGCAGACUACUGAAAAGUUUACGGAAAGACAGGAACGUGUAAAAGAAGAGCUUCGGAAGAGAAAAAAUGAAUUUAGGAAAUCUGACGAACCUGUAUCGGUUAAGCCUUCGAAGAAAAAGUCGAAGAGAAGUAAGGUAAAGAAGAAAAUAUCCUUCGACUUCAGUGAUGACGAUGAUUCUGAAAUAGGAGUUUCUUUUAGAUCGAAGGAGCACAUUCAAAAAGCUCCAGAGCAUGAUAAUGAAAAAGAUCCACUGGAUGAGUUUAUGACGUCAUUGAAGGAGGAGAAAAUGAGUAAUAGUAAAGGCAUGUACGACAGAGGCGACAUUCUUGAUGUAGAGGAUCAAUUGUUUGAACUUGGAGGAACCGACGAUGAGGAUGUUGAAGAUAAUACGGAUAAUUCUAAUAUAGCGAAAAUUGCUAAACUCAAAGCAAAAAAACGUGUAAAGCAAAUUUAUUACUCUCCAGAAGAGCUUGAGCCGUUCCAAAAAAAUUUUUAUAUAGAAUCUGAAACAGUUUCCUCGAUGUCAGAGAUGGAAGUUGAGGAGCUUAGACUUAGUCUGGAUAAUAUCAAAAUAAAGGGAACAGGUUGCCCCAAACCAGUCACAAAGUGGUCUCAACUGGGACUAUCAACGGACACCAUGGUUUUAAUUACAGAAAAGUUGCACUUUGGCUCCUUAACGCCUAUUCAAUCCCAGGCUCUUCCCGCUAUUAUGUCAGGUCGUGAUGUUAUAGGAAUAUCAAAAACUGGCUCCGGCAAGACCAUCUCCUAUCUUUUACCAUUGCUAAGACAAGUAAAAGCUCAACGGCCAUUAUCAAAACAUGAAACAGGGCCCAUGGGUUUAAUUCUGGCUCCAACUAGAGAGCUAGCUUUACAAAUACAUGAAGAAGUUACUAAAUUCACAGAAGCAGAUACAUCCAUUAGAUCAGUAUGCUGUACAGGAGGUUCUGAAAUGAAAAAGCAGAUUACUGAUCUUAAAAGAGGCACUGAGAUUGUUGUUGCCACACCGGGACGAUUUAUUGAUAUAUUAACACUAAAUGAUGGGAAAUUACUUAGUACUAAAAGAAUAACGUUCGUAGUAAUGGAUGAGGCAGACAGGCUGUUCGAUUUAGGUUUUGAACCUCAAAUAACGCAAAUCAUGAAAACUGUUCGACCGGAUAAACAGUGUGUUCUAUUUAGUGCAACUUUUCCGAACAAACUACGCAGUUUUGCCGUAAGAGUUUUGCAUUCCCCAAUAUCUAUUACGAUUAAUUCAAAGGGAAUGGUUAAUGAAAACGUAAAACAAAAGUUUAGAAUAUGCCAUUCAGAAGAUGAAAAAUUUGACAAUCUGGUGCAGCUUAUCCAUGAGCGCAGUGAAUUUUUUGACGAGGUUCAAAGUGAAAAUGACGGACAGUCAAGCGAUGUUGAAGAAGUUGAUGCUAAAGCCAUUAUAUUUGUAUCAAGUCAGAAUAUUUGCGACUUCAUUUCAAAAAAGCUGUUAAAUGCUGGAAUUGUGACCUGUGCUAUUCAUGCAGGUAAGCCAUAUCAAGAAAGGCUUAUGAACUUAGAAAAGUUCAAACGAGAAAAGAACAGUAUUCUUCUCUGUACAGAGGUUCUCUCAAGAGGUUUAAAUGUUCCCGAAGUGUCGUUGGUUAUUAUCUAUAACGCCGUCAAAACUUUCGCGCAAUAUGUUCAUACUACUGGAAGAACUGCCAGAGGUAGUCGCUCCGGUACUGCUAUUACUCUUCUAUUGCAUGAUGAACUGUCAGGUGCUUAUAUCUUGAGCAAGGCAAUGCGCGAUGAAGAAAUAAAAGCUUUAGACCCUCUGCAAGCAAAAGAACUUCAGGAAAUGAGUGCCAAGUUUGAAUCCGGUAUGAAAAAGGGUAAGUUUAGGUUGUCGAAAGGGUUCGGCGGCAAAGGACUGGAAAAUAUCAAAAGUAAAAGAGAGGAAGCUCAAAAUAAAGAUUUGGAGCUCAAAAAGAAUGAUAAGAGGAGCGAUGACUUGGAAAAGAAAAUCAGCAAUCCACGCGAAGGGCAUGACAGUGUGUCUGAGUCUUCUGCGCUUAUUCCGAGACUCAAUUAUGAACUAUUCAAAGAGUCUACAGACGGGUCGAUCAUCUUUUACGCCAAGGUUUAUAUUAAUGAUUUACCCCAGAUUGUAAGAUGGGAGGCUACAAAGAAUACAACCUUAUUAUUUAUCAAGCAUGAAACCGGAUGUAGUAUUACUAACAAGGGUAAAUUUUACCCUGAAGGGAAGGAACCAAAGAAUGAAAACGAUGAGCCUAAACUAUACUUAUUGAUCGAAGGCCAAGAUGAGAAAGACAUACAAUUAAGUAUAGAAUUGCUGGAGCAAAAAGUUAAAGAGGGGGUCGUAAAGGCUGCAAGCUUGUCUUUGAAGAGUACUAAAUACUAG